AUGAGUGCUGCGAUCCUACUGAGCGCUCUUGCGCUUGCGACCGUCAGCUCAGCUACGCCCAGGACAUUCGUUCACCACACUCGCUCAGUUGAAUCUGCGCCCAGAUGCUCGCUAGAUCGCAGCAAGGCGCCCGGCGACCUGACAACCUGCGGCAACUCGACGCUGUUCGACGUCUGGCGUCCGAAGGCUCGCUUCAUUGCACCCAACAGCUGGAUGAAUGACCCUCAAGGCGCAUGGCAGCGAGAGGAUGGCUCGUUCCACAUCGGCUACCAAUGUCAUGUCGGUCAUAUCAAUUGGGGCAACAUCUCAAUGUGUGCAGCCGUCUCUGACGAUCUCACCACAUGGCGAGAUAUCAAUGGGUGGCGCGAUCCUGCUACGCUCGGUCCAAAGGAAGUCUACGACAUUCGCGGCGUAUUCGACGGCUCUAUCAUCAAGAGCGGCAUCAACGGCUUCCCAACACAGAUCUACACCUCCACCUUUCCUCAUGGCACGAUCGGUGCGACGGCCAUGCCUGCCGAAGAGGAAGGCGCCGAGACGGUCUCGCUCGCUUGGACUGAAGAUGAAGGCAAGAGCUGGAAGCGACUGCCACUUGGUGAUCGAGGCAAUCCUGUCAUCUGGCAAUGGCCAAUGAAAAAUCUCACCGGCUUCCGCGAUCCUUUUGCGUUCAGAUCGCCCGUCAUGAGCAAAUUGCUUGCGAGCAGCGACAGUAAGGCUCAGGGCGACCUCUUCCUGACCAUGUCGAGCGGUCUGCGCAAGGAAGCCUAUCCCACCACUUCGGGCAUCAGACUCUUCCUCUACCGACAGACCACGAACGACAGCCUGCUUGACUGGACCUAUCUCGGUCCUUUGAUGUCUGAGCCCGCCAAUGCUACCCGCGGCGAAUGGUCAGGCUCGAUCGGUAUCAACGAGGAAACGACGAGCGUCAUCCGGCUCGACGAACAAGGCCGUUCCGACGAUGAUGGCACUGACAAGAACGCCAUCGACUUCAUCCUCUUUGGCACUGAGCAUGGUCGCAAUGGAUCCCGACACGCUUCCUGGCCGCUCUGGUCUGCGGUGUCCUACAGUGCAACAAAGGAAGGCUCCGUGACGAGCAAGACCGAGUUCGGAGGCAUUCUCGAUUGGGGCAUGGCAUAUGCAUUCGCAGUCUUUCCUGCAAAGGGCAAAAAGGGAGAGAAGCGCUCGGUCACUGUGGGCUGGACACAAGACGACCAGGAUGACGCGCAGUCGUUGGUCAAUCAGAGAGGUUAUCACGGGGCCUUUACGUUGUUCCGUGAUCUGUUUGUCAAAAAGAUCGUUGACGUCGACUCGGAAUUUGUCGGGCUGCAAGAUAAAGGUAAUUGGAAGGUCCAGAAAGAGGCCAAUGGUACAGUCUCGAUCCUUACUCUCGGUCAGAAGAUCGUGCCAGAGACUCUCGACGCCUACAAGAAGAGAGCCAAAGCAUCAGCUUUCAAAGGCAUGAAGCUGGAUGUUCAUGGCGGCGCCAAGCCUCAUUACAAGCCUUUCCCAACUCAGCCAGAGGGUCAACACUAUGUCAUCAAGACCAGAAUCGAUUUCGAAGCCCACAAGCAUGGUAAGAAUGAGCACAUUCCUCGUGCUGGGUUCCGCGUACUCGCAAGUGAGAAGGAAUACACCGACGUCAUCUAUGACUUUGCAAGCGAGACGCUCUCCGUCGAGCGCAAUCACAGCUCGCUCAUCGCCAGCUAUGGCAACACGACCGAGUAUGGCAAGCUCAGACUUUGGCCGGUCAAUGGCAAGCGCGAGAAACUCGACUUGACGAUUGUCGUUGAUGGAAGCGUCAUCGAAGUUUAUGCUAACGAUGUCACUGUCAUCACCGCUCGCGCUUACCCGUGGCUCAAGGCUUCCAAGGCAGCAGGCUGGCUGUUGCUGCCUUCCGAGAAGUCCGCCAAUAAGCACGCUUCAGUCAAAUUCGGCAAGGUCGAGUUGUGGGACCUUGGCGCCUUCAAUGCUUUCCCAGACCGACCAGAGAACACAAGCAUGCCGCUCGUCUGGGAUGGCGCAUACAAUAGUCUAAUCGGUCUCUGGGCUGGCAAUUAG